AUGCUUUACGCUCUUGAGCGCUCUGCGUCGCUCGCGGACUCGUCGCAACUCACUCGAGGCCAGUGUAUCCUUCGGAUUGGACGAGUCCAAGCAUGCGCGGUGAGCAUCUCACGCCUUGACCAAGGAGGGACCGCUCAUGGUCGACUUUUGCCGCAUGUGACGCUACCGGUAUUCGCGGCGCUCGACUAUUGCAAGCGAGCAGCUGUAGAUCCCGACGCGCCGAAGCAGUCGAAGGUAGCGUGA